CGCAGCUCCGGGUCGGCUCCUGGCAGCCUCGUUCCGCUCUGACUCCGGGAGAACAGCAGCAGGCACGAUGGACCAGAACACGGUGACUGUGAAUGGAGUUGCUGUGGCCUCUACGUCAACCCAGCCCACCCAUAUCAACAUCCACAUCCACCAGGAGUCAGCUUUGUCAGAACUGCUGAAAGCUCUGGGUUCCCUGAAGCAGUUUCUUUCUUGCUCUGUGGACACUAGACCUUCCAAGACCAGGAUAAGCCAUGGGCAGCUGGCUCUAGGGGUGGCUCAGAUACUGCUGGGGGUCAUGAGCUGUGCCCUCGGGGUGUGUCUCUACUUUGGGCCCUGGAUCCAGCUGCGGGCCUCGGGCUGCGCCUUCUGGGCAGGGUCUGUGGCGAUUGCAGCCGGGGCUGGGGCCAUAGUCCACGAGAAGCACCGGGGCAAACUUUCAGGCUGUGUAUCCUUCCUGCUCACCCUGGCUGGCAUUGCUACGGCCGUGGCUGCCCUUGUCCUCUGCGUGAACAGCUUAACCUGGCAGACCGACGGCUUCUUCUACAUCGACUCUGUGUGUGAUUGCCCAGGGUCUGUCGACCCCACCACUGGGUACAUCUGGAGGCAGAGAAUGGACCGCUCAGACUGGCGGGCGGAGCAGUGCCGGGCCUACAUGGGAAUGCUGGUGAACUUGUUCCUAGCAAUCCGAGCCCUGCUCCUGGCUGUCUGUGUCCUGAAAGUUAUCGUGUCCUUGGCUUCCCUGGGACUGGGUCUUCGAAGCCUGUGUAGCCAGAGCUCCAGGCUCCUGAAUGAGGAAGAGUCAGAGAGGAAGCUAUUGGGGGAGAAUUCAGUGCCCCCCUCCCCGUCUAGGGAGAAGACCCCGGCUACCAUCGUCCUGUGAGCUGCCAGAGAUGCUGCUGGGCCCCCUCUUGUGUCAUGUCCUUGUCCAGAGCAGCCCAGAGCCUGGGGGAACAUGGCACACGCUGCCCAAGGCCCCCCAACCCCGUCCUUGUGCUUGUGCCCCACUGGGCCACUGUCCAGCCCGCUCCUUCCUCCCCCUCACAGUGCCCACCCACCGUUCGCACUCCUGGGUUCGCAAAUCCGUGGACAGACAUCGCCACAUCUCCCCCAAUGCUGAUUAAAAAGAAACAACCAGGAAAAGCA